UGUCAUUAUCUUGUUGAACAAUUUUCAUUUUUCUUUUUCACCUAUAAGUGGCUUGUUUCACCUCCCAUGAUGAACAGACUCGUCCUGACGUCAUCCACGCUGCUGCUGUUGCUGUGUGUCUGGGUCAACUUGAGUCAAAGCAGUCCGGUGAGGUGCUGUACCAAAUAUUCAUCACUGCCGUUUCCUGUCCUCCGACUGAAAGACUUCACUCGACAGGACGCCACCAUGACCUGCAACAUAGAGGCUGUCAUUUUUACUACGGUGAAGAACAGACAGGUCUGUGCUAACCCUGAUGAUCUAUGGGUUCAGAGGGCCAUCGUGCAUAUCCAGAACACAAAAAAGUCAUCAUAAUGUGGACACCAUCAAAAACUGGCUUAAGCUGAACAAAUGAACAGAAACAGAAAUCCUUCAAUAUAAUGUAUUGUUUAGAAUGUAUUUUUAUAAUUAAUAAAUUAAUCAGUUGUUUUGACAGCAACACUGUUGUUUGUUUGGUUUUGUCUGCAACAUUUCUAGUUGACACUAUGUGAAUUUGUGCACAAAUUUGUGAAUUUGUAGGAAGUCGUGGCCUUGUGGUUUGAGAGUUUGACUCCCUAACUAUAAGGUUGUGAGUUUGAGUCUAUAUACAGAGCACUACAGCAUUACAGCACAGAGCACACUAAACGAAUAUUCAGUAAACAUGGGCAAAUAAAUGUUUGUGAGCUCACACAGUAGACAGCAGGUGGCAGUAUGUGCCCAAAACCCAGCUGCAGCCCCAAAAUACACAUACAAUCCUCAAUGGUUUGAAUUGGGUAUUCAUUUAGUGCUUGUAAAAGCAUUAAUAGCAAUUCAUCAAAUGCAUCUUUUAAGUGAUCAGAGUGUUGAAAUUAUGUUGUCAAAACAGCUGCAUUUGUCUUGUCUGAUUUGCUUUUUUGGAUCAGUCAUUCAUUGCUCAGGUGGAAGGUAAACAUACAACAGCUCAUCAUUAUUUGAUUGUGCUUAGGCUUUUUUUUUUUUUUUUGUCAACAUGAAGUAGAUCUAAACUGUAGUUUCAAUGCCCAUAUUUGAAUGUGACUUCAGAGUCACAUACUGUACUUCAAAUAUUAUUCAGAGAGCGUGGAAGUCGGCAACAGUUAUUCCCUUAUUUAAAAGUGGAGAUCCUUCAGAUCCUAACAACUACCGUCCUAUUUCUAGAUUACCAGUCUUAGCUAAAUUAUUUGAAUCAUUGCUAAAUGAUCAAUUAAAACAAUUUUUAACAGAUAAUAAUGUUCUUAACGAUUACCAGUCAGGCUUUAGAGCAGGUCAUAGUACCCUAACUGCAGCUUUAUUAGUUUCAAAUGACCUUAUAAACUCUUUAGAUUGUAGAGAUUGUAGAAGUCCUGUGCCACAUUAUUUGUCGACCUUUCAAAAGCCUUCGACUCUGUUGAUCAUAA